GUCACUAUUCAUAUCUAUCUCUUUAACCGAUAAGAUAACCUUUAACCUUCAUCUACUGUUUUUACGGAUUUGUUAUGGAGUAAAUUUUCAAUGCGAAACUCAAAACAAAUGGUUUUGAAAACAUGAGUUGCUUCAAUAUUAUGCUGUGAUGCAUACAAAACGAAUAUGUUUUGUAUUCUUUGUAAGAGGAGAAAAAACAAAUAUUCAAGAACAAAUUAUACUUAUUUGUUAGAUUCUGAUGACAUGGAAGAUGUUGGAUUUGAUGAACUGGAAGAAAAGUGUUGUUCAAGAAGAUGUAAAAUUUUGCUAAUCGCAGGAUUUGGUAUACUAAUAAUAUUAGUAUUUGUUCUUGUUUUUGUGGUCAUACCUCUAAUAUUCAUGAACUCCACUUUUGUUCAACAAUCCCUUAUUUUUACCCACUUUGGACUUCCGCGAUCUGAAAAAUACUUUGAGGAUUAUAAAUUUCCGGCAUUCAGAAAUGAAUAUGUUUCAAUAAAUUGGGAAGGAGGUGCGAAUAGAUUUCUAGGAGUAUGGCAUAUCCUUCCUGUAGACUUGGCUCAAAAGGCACUACAUGAUCCCAAAUUCAGUUACGAAAAGUCUUUGUUCAAUAGUAGUUUUGGUGUUCUUAUUUAUUUUCAUGGAACCGGAGAAGCAAGAAGUUAUAGUGCUAGAAAAUACCAAUUACUCAGUUAUUAUUUUCAUAUUAUAGCAUUCGACUACAGAGAUUAUGCAGAUUCUUCCCCAGGAAGCCUUUCUGAAACUGCAGUUGUUAAUGAUUGUGUGCAAUUAUAUUAUUGGGUUAAAAAUAGAACCCUGUCACCAAUAUAUGUAUGGGGUCAUUCUUUGGGGUCAGCUUUGGCGACACGUACUGUCGCAUCUUUGGAAAAUUCUGGAAUCCACACAUAUGGUUUAGUUUUGGAAUCUGCAUUUACAAAUUUGAGGGAUGAGUUAUAUGUUCAUCCAUUUGGGAAGAUAUUUGCAUGGUUGCCAUGGUUUAGUGCAACUAUCUUGGAGCCAUUGGAGAGAAAUGGUUUCAUUUUCAAUACAUCAUCUAACAUCUUGGAAGUAACUUGUCCAAUAAUGAUACUGCACGCUCAAGAUGAUCCUGAAGUGCCUUGCGAAUUUGGAAGACAGUUAUAUGAAAUAGCUUCUAAAAGGUCUCCUAAAGCAAACAGCACUACAGUGUACCAUGAAUUUGAUGCCGAUUUGGACUAUGAUCAUAUUUACAUUUAUCAGGAUCCAUUUUUGAAGUAUUAUAUUAUGGAUUUUAUGGCUAUUGCUGCUAAUCAAUCAACAUUGUUAUGAUAUUUAUUUAUAUUUCAAAGCUCCUAUCAAAGAAAUAAAAGGCUGUGAUGCAUCGUCAAUUGAACAAAGGUCAAGAACUUAUUUUCUCAUAAGCCGCACCUAUUGACUCAUUUGUAUUAUAUAUUAACAAGUGUUAUUCAAACAAUAACGAAAUAUAACGUUCACAGUAUUCUCAA